CCUAUGCGCUCUACGAAAUCAAAUCAAUCAACGGCGGGGCCACGUGACCAGCGCGGGCAAUCAACGAACACGUGACUAAUUAGGAGCGCGUGACUAAUCGGGAGCAGGGGACCCCGAAAGGGCGCGGUGAUUAAUUCGGAGCACGUUGCCCAUCAUGAGGAGCGGGUGACCAAUUAGGAGCGCGUGGCUAAUUAUUCUGGGCGGGUGACCAAUCAAGAGCGCGUGACUUAUCGGGAGCGCGUGGACCCCCCAGUGGGAGCGCGCGUGCGGGGAUGGAGGUGGAGUUCACGCGGCGUGCGCGCGAGCGACGCUUCCUGGGCCUGGAUGAGCGCGAGUGGCAGGGCAGCUUCUUGUUUGUGCAGGGCGCUGACCCCCAGCUGGGGCUGAUGAAGGAGUGGGAGUCGGGGGUGUUGAGCGUGGCGGGUGGGGACGAGUGGGCCGAGGAGCUACGUCUCGCGCGUGCUGCGGUGGCGGCCGUCAACCGCAUGCAGCCACGGCCACGCUUCCUCGUGCUGUGUGGCGACCUCGUGCACGCCAUGCCUGGGCAAGCGAACCGCGCGGCGCAGGAGGAGGAUCUGCGAGCUGCCCUGUGCGAGCUGGACCCCGCCAUCCCGCUCGUGCUGCUGCCGGGCAACCACGACAUCGGCAACGCCCCCACGGCCGCCACGUUGGAGGCGUACCGCCGCUCCUGGGGGGACGACUAUUUCGCUUUCUGGGCGGGUGGCGCGCGCUUCCUUGUGCUUAACUCGCAGCUCUUCGUGGACGCGUCGCUCUGCCCCGAGCUAGCGGAGGAGCAGGAGCGCUGGCUCGAAGAGCAGCUCGAGAGCUACAAGGCGGAGGGGCCGCGUGGGCCACUCGUCAUCCUGCAGCACACGCCGCUCUUCCUCGUCGCACCCGACGAGGACGACGACUACUUCAACGUGGAGCGCCGUGCGCGACGGCGCCUCCUGGACAAGUUCAGCGCCGCUGGUGUCUGUGCCGUGUUCACCGGGCACUACCACCGCAACGCGGGAGGGCGCUGCGGCGCCGUCGAGGUGGUGGUCUCCUCUGCCAUCGGCUGCCAGAUAGGCAGCGACGUGUCAGGUCUCCGUGUCGUCACGGUAACCGAGGCUGGCGUGCGACACCGAUACUACGGGAUGGACCAGAUCCCGGAACGCGUCGAGCUUGACGUGGAGCAGUGACCCUCGUGGAAAAACAAACGGGCGUGGGCGCGGCGCCUGAUCAGCACAGGGUGGUGGCGGCUGCAGCUGCUCACAAUAGAUUUUAUUAACUGAGAAAAGCACAUGGCCUUCGUAAAGCUGGAUCAUCGAGCUGUAACUCGGGUGUGUGUGUUGAACAUGGAUUUAGAAAUGACAGGGGGAUGGAUGGGGGGGGGGGCAGUGGAGAGGGAAGUGGUGGGGCAGAGAGCCGUUGCCAAUAAAGCGCCCGUGUCAUUUGGGAGUGGACGCGUCAUGGGCCCUGCUUGAGAUGCAACGCGCGCGCGCAGGCUGCACCGGGACAUGAGCACACAGCUCACUUGCAUUUAGGCCGUUUUAAUGUUUAAUCACGUAUACGCCGUGGUUACAUUGUAAACAAAAACACCAGGGAUUAUAUUACACGCGGUCUCGCUGUGCUACCCGGGAAGCCACGUAUUGCUUUGCCUCGACACCGCUCGCACCUCUGUCCUCUUCAUUUCCGGAUCGCCAGAAAUUGUUUCUGUAACCAUUAUGGAAAUUACGCCACCUCUAGACCCUGCAGCCGAGACGAAUCAGUCAGCGACAAAAUGCAGCGUUCCCCACGGCCGUGUCGGGCCCGGGCACGGCUCGGAGAGGGGUCCGCUCACCCCGCCGGGCCUGCUGUUCACACAGACGCACGGCUGGAAUGUUUUUAGCGAGUAGUAUUAGCUUGGAAUGGACAAAAACCCCAACAUUUUCCAUGUAAUUUCACUAGUGUAUGACUUGUAAUUAUAAAUAUAUGGAAGCGUGGACAUCACACGGUCUUACAAAAUACCCACUGAAGUCGUGUACACAUUACGAGUGCGUUCCAUAAAAAGCUUACGUAUGUAUGUAUGAUUACACAAUCACAUGGCUCAUGCACAUUUCGAAUUGUAGACGAGAGUUAUUAAUAUUAACAUUACAACGUCAAAAAA